UCCGGAGAACGGACGCGGUGACUAACUUUUCGGUCUGAAUAGCAGUGAACACCACAGACCGCUGGUCGAUCUCACUUGGACACUUCUGCCAUUGCUCUCAUUUCCUGGCCUUUACAAACUGAGAAGUUCUGUCCCAAGAAAGGCGGGGCCGAGUUUGUCAGGCCGUUUUCCGACAAAGCUUCGUGGGGGGACACAUUUGAGGGGUCAGUCAUCUGGACAGUGACGAUGUGAUUGCCCUACUCGACCCCCCCGCUGUUUCCUUUAACACGGAUCUGGCACAAAAGCGGCUUCCCCAGCGGAGCGCUUGCUUCUCUCCCCCGUUGUUUAACUCAUCUGAGCGCGACGAGCUCGGAUUGGCCGUCCAGCGAAGCGGUGUCAGGCUCGCCCUCCUUUUCAAAAUCAUAACGAGCCGUAUCCGAAGAAUCGGGAGCAGAGAAAUCAGCCCAGCGCGGUCUACGGAAGCCGGACCGGAUAACUUGGCUGUUUUUCCCUUUCCGUUGCACGGGGGAACUUGUUCAACGAGAAGCCGGCGAGGGCGCAUCUGAAGAGGUGGACGCGCGCUGCGGGUUGGGCGAGGGCAGUGUUCUGCUAUGGGAUGGAUGAAGCCCAGCAGAACCAAUAUGAGUUGCGUUUGAAGGAAGUCUUUGACACAUUUGACUCCAGUAAUUCUGGUUCCCUGUGCCUAGAGGAGCUUUCUGAGCUGUGUCAGGUACUGCAUCUUCAGGAAGUUGAACCUCUCUUAUUGGAGGCUCUGCUAACAGAAACAGACAGCAAAAGCAGGGUUCAUUUUGAGGCAUUCAAAGAGGCCCUGAUUUUUGUACUGUCAACAACUAUAGAAGCACAGACGUUCACGGAAGAGGACUUCCAACAGCAGCCAGAGUCUGUAGAAGUUGAUCCCAAGUUUGUGAAAGAUGGCAAGCGUUAUGGCCGCCGGUCGGCACCUGAAUUGGGAGAGUUGGCAGAGGGCCUCACUGAUAAAGCCCUUUCACAUGGGAUUCAGGAAAACAGUAGUCCAUACACCCCUAAUGAUUGUGAGAACCUGAGGGCUCUCGAGCACAGAAGUGAGGAAUAUGAAGCUGAAGGUCAGCUUCGGUUUUGGAAUCCUGAUGAUCUGGGUGCCUCAAGAACCGGUGUCUCCUUAUCUUCUGAUGGGCUAGAAGAGCACUUGGCAGAAGUCUUCAAUGAACUAGGGGUCUCCUGCAAUGGAUAUGCCAGCCACAAAGAACUGGUGCAAGUGUGUGAGCGUCUGGGGUUAGAGACCCUUGAAGACUCCCUAGUGAAUGUGGACAGCAAUGGAACCUGCAGCGUGAAAGAUUUCAUCUGUGCCAUCCUGAGAAAUCGUAAGCCACCCACCCCCUCUGCAUCAACUCCUUACAGGCAGUUAAAAAGGCACCUCUCCACACAGCCAUUUGAUGAGAGCGGUAGACGUACAGCCACCCCGUCUGCAAUGGCCAGCACAAUUGGAUUACGCCUCUUUUCCAGCCUGGAUGAUGGGUCAGGAUACACUCCGGCUGAUCAGGUUAUGGACGCCUGGCAGGAAGAAGGCAUUGAUAACAGCCAUGAAAUACUGCAGGCGCUGGACUUCAAUACUGAGGGGAAGGUGAAUCUGAGCGAGUUGACAGUUGCCCUUGAGAAUGAGCUUCUUAUCACCAAGAAUGGAAUUCAUCAGGCUGUGCUGGCAAGCUUUAAAACUGAGAUCCGUCAUCUACUGGAGCGUCUGGACCAUGAAGUCAGGGAGAAGGAGAAGGUUCGUAAUGAUCUUGAUAAGGCAGACAAGUUCAAGACACAAAUGGCUACAGAAGUAGACGAGCACCACAGCGCACUUGAACGCCUUAAUGACUACAACAUCAGAAAGCUAAGUGUGGAAUAUAGAGAGAGGUUGGUUGCAGUGAAGGCUGAACUGACAAAUGAAAGAGAUGUGAUCCUGCAUCAGGCGAGCAAACACCGGCAAGACCUGGAAAAAAAAAUUGAGGGGAUGAAGGAGGAGGAGGCAUAUCUCAGAGACCGUCUGACUCUUGCUUUUAAGGAGAAUAGUCGUUUGGAAACUGAACUCCUGGAGAACAUGGAUAAGCUAAUAGAAAGUGAGAAUCUGGCCAGCAAACUGCAAAAGAAUUUGGAUAGCAUCCUGGGUGAGCGGUUUGGAGACCUGGAUCCAAGCAGUGCUGAAUUUUUCCUUCAAGAAGAGCGGCUUAGAAAGAUGAGGGCCACCUAUGAAGAGCAGUGUCGAGAACUGCAAGACCGAAUUGAUGAGCUGCAGCUGGAGCUGGAGGAAUACCGCACCCAGAGCAAGGUCUUCCGCACUCCAGUGAAACAUUCCUUGUUAGAGGAAUUUGAUACUAAGAAUGAUGGCAUUAAUCUAGAUCCAGGUGUUGGUUCUGAGGAGGCUCACCCUUUAAAUAUCAGUCUUGAGGCCGAGAUGAUGAUGGAGCAAAUGAAGGAGCACCAUCGCCAAGAUGUGGCUAGCAUUCAAACGGAACUGGAGGGCAAGUUUGAAAAUAAGUUGGAGGAAAUUGAGGCUGCACACAAGUUAGAGGUGCAGAACUUGGAACGGCACUGCCAGGAGCAGAAGAAGGAGAAUGUCCAGGCUCAGUCCCUAGUUAAGGACUUGUUUGCCCAGGUUGAAACUCUAAAUGUUCAACUAGAAACAGCAAAGCAGCUGCAAGAACAGGAAAGAGAGGAUCUAGUGAGCCAGGUCAAGGGUGAAAUAUCAGAGCUGGAGAAACAAUGGGCAGAGAAGGUUGGUGUAGCUCAGGCCCAAAUCUCUGAAUUGCAGCAACAGCAUGUAGAAGAAAUGAACCAGUCCAAGACUCAGAUUUUGGAAUUGGAGAGCAAGCACAGAGAGGAGGUGGCCUUUGUACGGGCCGACAUCUCUAAGCUAGAGAAAGAGCAUGCAGAGGAGCUGAGACUUUCACAAGCCCACAUCUCUGAGAUGGAAGAAAAAUGGGAAAGGGAGAAGCAUGCACAUGCUACAGAUAGGGCAGAACUAGUCAAACAGCAUGCAGUAGAGGUAAGCCAGCUAGAAGCUCGGAUCACUGAACUAGAGAUGUGUCAUGCAGAAGAGGUGAAGCAGUCAGAAGCUAGAAUUGCUGAGCUAUCCUUGGAUUUGCAGAAAAUGGAACAGACCUAUCGAGAUGAGAUGACCAUGCUGGAAAAAAAGCACAUGGAAGAACAAGCACGUUUGGAGAAGCUGAGUGAUGAAUCUCAGAGAGAACAUGUGGCAGCUGAACGUGACAAGCUGCUUGCAGAACUGGAGUUAAAAGAGGAGCAACUCAUGAAACAGUUCAGUGGGGAAAAAGCCUUGCUUGAGCAGCAGCAUAUUAUGGUGCUUGAAGAGUUGAAUUCAAAACACUGUGAAGAGAAAGACAAGCUAACUGGAAUACUAGAGAAGCUUGAGAAAAAGCUGCACGAUGAGAGGAAUAACCUGGAAAGACACUUUAACCAAAUGAUCCAAGAGGUGGAGGCAAAGUACUUAUCUGAACAGCAUGCAUUUUCUGAGAGCUUCAAGACAGAAGUCAGUAAACUAAAAGCAUUCCACGAACAGGAGCUGCAAGAACUAACUCGGCUACAUGCUGAGGAGAAAGCACAAUGGGAAUUUGAAAAAGAGGAAACACUUCAGGAAUGUGAAGAGCUUCAGGAGGCUCUGCAAAAAAAGAUGGAACAGGAGAGGAAGGUGCUGUAUGAGAGCCUUGUUCAGGAGAAAGAUGCCCUAGAAAAGUGCUAUGAGGACAGGCUUAGUCAUGUGGUUAAUCAAAACCAACAGCUUCUGAGUGAGCUGGAUGCUCUGAAUGCCUGUGGACAACUUAAACAUGAAGAGGCACUGCAACUUCUUGUGAUUAAUGAACCACAAGGAUUACUAAAUGUUGAAGAAGAGCUAUUGACCAAAGCAAAAGAGCAAGUCCUAACAAUAAAUGAACAACAACAGGAGGCCACAGAAGAAGUUGAACAGGAACAAGCCAGUCCUUUGGCUUGGCUCCAUACUUUUGAUCAAAAAACAAACACUGUGUGCAGUGCUGAACAUGAAUCCUGGGAAAAACAGUGCCAGACAACUGCAGAGAUCUGCACCUUUGAGAGCAGGAUUGGAGAACCGCAAACCAAAGCUCCACCUUUGAAAAAGCUGCAUGAAGAGCGCAAAGAUCACAAACCCAAGAACUUUCACGCGACACCAGAACCGUCACAUUAUGAUAAGACUGAGCAGGAAAGUGGUGUUAAGUUACAUGAAGUACAAUGGAACAUUUUAAUUGAAGAUACUGGCGUCGCAACAAAUAUUUGUGAUGGGCAUAGUGCCUCUUCUGGGACAAAACUACUUGGUAGAGAUGAAACUCCUAGUGUUGCUCAUGUUGAUGCUCUUCAAGAAAGAAUCCAAGCACCAGAACGAGAGAUGGGAACCAUUCCUAAACUACAGAAAGAACUAAAAUGUGCUUUUCAUGAGUGCAACAAGUGCCAUGCGAAAGUUUCUGAAUUAACUGUAAAAGCUGAAGAACAUGAGCAUCAGAGUAGCUUCUUUGCUGCUUUGCAAUUGCAAGUGAAUUCUACCAAUGAGGAGAACCUGCAGCUUAAGUUGCAGCUUUCCCACCUUCAGAGAAGGAUUAGCAAAUUACAAGCAAGCUUUGAGGACAGAAUAACAACAGCCAACCUAGAAAACCAGGAAUGUCACCAGGAAAUCUCUGGAUGGAUUAAAAGAUGUGAAGAGCUAAACUGCAAAGUCCUGCAGUUAUCUACUGUUCAGCAGAGCUAUGAGGAGGGAUCCCUAGAGAACCACAGGCUGAAACAGGAGCAUGAAGUACUUAAGCUAUCCAGCCAAGAACUACAGGAAAGCAUGGCAAAACUUGAAGAUCAGCAGGCUAAUGAAACUGUAGUCAGACUGACCAAUGAAAAUACCCAGCUAUAUGCUCAAGUGAUCGAGCUGAAAAAGCAAGGAGAGGCCCUCAAAAUUUUGCACCCACAGGUGGAAGUGGCCGAUGUGAAAACCCAGAAGGAUGAGAGUUUUCAGGAUCUUAAUGCGCAGCUGUGUUCCAAGAUCCAGGCAGUGUCUGAGCUGGAAGAAAGCUGUGCUGCUUUGGAGUGUGAGAAUACACGGCUGAGAUCCUUGGUGAGUGACCUCCAAGAGAAACUCCAGGAACAGACUAAAAUCUGCAGGCUUGAGGCCAGCAGGUUAGCAGAACAAAACAUUAGUCUAAAGGAAGAGCUUAAGGAGAACCACGACUUGGCACUGCAUUCACUAAAGGGACUUGGUGGAACCCAAGAGGAAAUUCUUUGCACAGCAGAAAAGUUAAAGGCAGAGAAGACUUCAGCAAAAAAAAUGGUGGACACCUUAAGGGCACAGCUUGCAGAAGUCCGAACUCGCAGCGAACAACUUGAAAGGGAGAAUGCCGAGUUGUCUUUUAAGAUUGGUCAGCUUUUGAGACAUAAGGAGAAACGAGAAAGUGGACGACGUAGUCACAGCCAUCAGCUUGAGGAGAUGAACAAGGGAAAAGAUGCUCUUAUUGCUGAGCUUGGAAGUGAGAAAAAACAGAUAAUCUCACGCUUGUCUGCCCUGGAGGUAGAGCUGACAAAGGUUCACGAGAGGAGUGUGUCAUUGGAACAAGAAAAGACCCGGCUUAGCCAAGAGCUGUUUGCUGCUAAGGAACAGCUUGCCAAAGCCAUCCAAAUGCAGAGUGAACUAAGCAACAAGAGUGAAAAACUGAGCAAGGAGAAAGAAGUUCUGAGUGAAGAGUUGAAUCGCUGUGUAGAUAAGGUUGCAAAAGCUGCUUCCUUGGAAAGCCAGCUUGCUCAUCUCAAGACGGAUAGGCAAGCUGCUGAGCAGCUUGUGGGAAUUCUGAAGAGUCAGCUGUCCACUUCUCAGGAGAAGGUACAUAGUCUAGAUGAAGCCCUACAGAACAGCAACUUGCAGAUGUCACGACUAAAGUCUGACCUGCGUGUCUCCCAGCAGGAGAAGGAGACACUCAAACAUGAAGUAAUGUCCCUGCACAAACAGCUGCAGAAUGCCAAUGACAAGAACCAAGUUCUGGAGCUGUCACUACACUCGGCAGGAUAUCAGAACCAGCACAAAAAACUCUACUGGGAUGACCUGACAAGACUGGUGGAGCAGGAGCAGCAACUACUGAGGCAGGAAAAUGAGAGGCUUCAGAAGGAGAUGCAGAACACCAAAGGAGACCUGCAACAUUCAAGGGAAAAGAUCCGGCAGCUAGAAGCUGGCGUCCUGUCCCUGAAGCAACACAAGCAGCAGAACCAGAGUAGCCUUGUGAAAGUACUUGAGCAGGAGAAGCUGGCCCUGCAAAGAGACCUGGAGCAAAUGCACAAAGAACUUCUGGCUGCUAACAGGAAGCUGAGUGACCUGAGUGACAGUGUUCAGGAGGUUGAAAACCUGAAGAUGGAAAAUGAAAACCUACGGGUCAUGCUGUCAAGAAUGGAGAGAGAACUUCUUGAGACCCAGCAGUAUUUCCAGGCUCAGCACAGGUUGCUACAGACAGAACGCAGAGGUGCAUCAAGGGCUCAAGAGCCAGCCAGCAUGGCACCUGAUCUCAAUAUGCAGCAGGAGAGCCGGGAUGCCAUGCUGCUCAGAAUGGAAGAGCGGAUGAGGAGUGUUGAACAGAAUCUGCACAAUGUGAAACUGCUUCUUCAGGAGAAGGUCAACCAGCUCAAGGACCAGCUUCAGAAGAAUGUGAAGGCUGAUGAAAUGAUCAAGGAUUUGUAUGUGGAAAACUCUCAACUGCUGAAAGCCUUAGAAAUGACAGAACAGCGACAAAAAGUCACCGAAAAAAAGAACUACCUCCUGGAGGAGAAGAUUGCCAGUCUGAACAAGAUUGUGAGGGACUUGAGUCCAUCACCCAUCGCUGCUAUGCCGUACCACUUCUCCCGUUCGUAGUGCCCUGCGAGGCACACCCACCCUUAACCUAAAUAACCUCCCCUCCUGCUGCCUCACCUGCCACGGUUUUUCUUCACCCUUCACUACCAGUGCCCUGAGCCCCUCACUUUGAGCAGUUCUAAGCACACUGACAAGUCUAGUCCAUUCAUACUCUGUCUGCACCAUGUCAGGUUGUGCCAUGUAAAACUUGGGAAUGUGCAAAGGGCUUCUUCAGAACAAAUGAUGGUACAGGAGGAUGAGGAGGUGUGCACUACUUUUUAACUGAAGGGUUUCUGUAUCCUUCGGUUUGUUUCACUGCCUAUUUGCUAAUAUGAAAAGAACCGUACAACGUUUCAACAGGCCUAGAGCUGCGAUGUGAGCUAAAAUGUGGCACUGCUCAUUAUUUAUCUGCAGGCAGCUGAUCCAAAGAUGCACUUUAUUUGUUCUCCUGAAAACAGUAUAUUUUUUUUAAAAACUUGCUUGAAGCUGCCAGAUGUGUAAAGCUGCCUGUAGUAAAAUGAACUGUCUUCACCAAAAUGUGAUAGAGGGGGUGGAUAAAGACAUUCUGGAAUGCAACACCCUCCCCCAACUCUCAAGACCCUCUUCUGAUUCUACUGCCUACUCCUUGGUGAGUCAGUCUAUGCUGUUAACAAGAAAUGGGACCAGUCCUUGACACAGGUGCUAUAGGCGAUCACCAAGGGGCGCUACUGUGGUAUAUAAUGCCCCAAGAUUAAAAAAGAAAUAUUAAUGCAGAGAAAAAAAAAAAAAAAUGAAAUUUGAGGUAUGCCAUUUAAGCCGUGUUGAGGAUGGACAAAGGGACACAUUGAUUAAUGGAUAAAUUCUCAUCACUCCCACUGCCCCAAUUAGCAGCCAGAACUCUUAAGCCGGAGAACAAAGGGGUGAUGUAAUGAGAGGCAAUAGCUGAGUGAGACAAAAACUUCAAGCAGGAGUUUAUCCAUAUUAACUAUGUCAUUUGCAACGUAAACCAGGAAUUUCCCCAACUUUUGUGUAAUGAAUGUACUUGAUGGUUCUGGACCAAAUCACUGGUGUGUCAAAUGAAGUGAGAUGUCACCUGUGAAGGAGAUGGAGUGAUAUGAGAGGAUGACAUGGAAUAGCUUCUCUUUUGUCACAACAACUCAUUGUAGCUAAAGACUGCUUGACGUAGUCAACUGCUGGAACCUGCAGGACAGGAUGGGAUUGAAUGGGAAUGGACCAGGAAGCUGUGGAAGCAUAUCUGAGUGCCUACCUCCUCCUCCUCUCACUCUCUUAACUUUGUGAUGGCACAGCUGCUUGGCGGCCUUAAAGACUGCACUAAUUCCAGAGCCCAUAUCUACAAUGCUUGUAGGAAAUCUAAAUAUAACGGUUUCAGAGUAAUGAAGAAAGGUGCUGAAGCAGGUUUGAUGUUAUUUAAAUGUCCCCCAAUUUUAACAAAAUACUUCCUCUCCUCGGCAUACUGACAAAAAAGCACAGCCAGAAAUGAGUACAGAAGAAACAGUGCAGCAACAAAUGCAAGAAGCUAAUGGGCUGCUCUUUCUAUCUUGGGCAGUUGCCGUGGAGGAAACUGCAGGAAUUUAAUUUAGCUAACUCUUGUAUAAACAAUAAAUGGGUAAAACUUUAGUUUAGGUACUACAGAAAUGCAUUUAUUCUCAUUUACUUUUAUGUAAGAAGAUCUUAACAAAGACUUCUUUUGGUGUUAAUGACUCUUACAAAGCAUCGGUAAAGUGGUCAUUCAUCUGUGCAGUGUUGCCUACUACAUUAUCUUUGGAAUGGUCAGCGGUGGCUUGAUAUUGUGUACUUCAGCAUAAGACCGGUGAAUUGUCAUAUUCAUAAAUAAUUUUACCAUCAUAUCAAAUGUUGGUACUGCACAGAGAUUAAUAACCCGUCUACUGAUGUAUUACUAGUGUUAUGAGGACGAAAAGAAACCUUUAAGGGCUUGUUAUAUAAAAGUAAAUGAGAAAUAGAACUAAAGUGUUACCAGUGAAUUCCUUUGAACAUUACAGUGUUAUUAGCUUUAAGUUUUGUGCCAUCUGGUGACAUUCCUGCUGCUUUUGAAGAACAUGUGAAUACUUUCAACGUAAAGCACAUUAUGUUGCAUAAGGAAACUGGACGUGUGAUUUUAUGUAUUGUCUUUGCAUAUUGCUUUGUUCGUCAUCCAUAUAUAAUAAGUAAGCCUACCCUUUUGUAGAUAUUGCCCAGAGAACUGUGUUGAUCAUCGUGUCUUGCUGGCUCUAUACUUUGCAUUUUACACAUUUGAGGUAUAUAUAUUUAAAGCCAGUGAUCUGAAGCAGGAAAGAAUAUCAGGAAAAUUGUUUUAUCGCAUACUAUUUAUUUUAUAUAAAAAAAAAAAAAAACUUGCCAAAUUACCUCUUAAAAAAAAUAUUUCUCUCCUGCCCUACAUCAACCUUUAUCACCUUUCCUCGGUAUCUGUGUGUGUCUGAACCUCUCUUGCCCACAACACCCUUUCUCAAGCAGAUUCCUGUAAAGCCUGCUUCUCAGACACUCUUGUUAUUUUUGAGAUGUCUUUGCUCGUCACCAUUUCACUUUAUUACUCCCUUUUCUGAGGUGACUUUCAGAGUACUUCCAAUGCCUUUAGUACUCCUCGUGUAUCUCACACUUGCACUUGUCUUUCAGUUGUGUUACCAAAGCCAAACUGACCAAUUAGGCUGCUCAUAGGGACUGGACACACACACACACACACACACACACACACACAGAGACCUUAGCAUUUUAGUAUACAUCUUUCAAGUGGAUAAAACUAACCUCAAUGUAUGGGCUUACCAACAGUGCAUACUUGCUGCAGCGUGCAUUUGUCACUGCACUCAUUUGUUGGUGUUCUUUUUCUACAUGUCACUCGCUUCCUCUUACCGCUGAAGUUGAGGAUAAAGGGGUAGCCUUUCUAAACAUUAAAAAAUGUACUGUAACAAAAUGCCCAAUUAAAGAAAAUUAGAUUGCAUUAGAUAGCCAGUCAGCUUGAUUGCCUGUUGCAGGCUUGCAUAGCCUGGACAUCUAGGACUUUAUUUGUAUAUUUAAAACAGGCCUUUAAAAGUAAAUUUUUAUCAUCCUAGUGAAAAAAAAAUAAUGUUUUAAGCAAACUUUUUUUAAUUACAUUUACUAUACCGCACUACAGAUUAUUUCACAGUUGUCACAUUGACUGGAAGCGAGCUCCAGCUCCAAAGGCACAUGUCUAUGUUCUUAAUCCGCAUACACAGUAAGUGCAAGGCUUUCAUUUGAAAGUGGCUGCCCCACAUCAUUCCUGAUCAGUGUUGCUGCUUAAACAUUUUCUUUGGUGUGGCUCCUAGGCCUUUCAGUGCUGUGUCCUCGAACACUGAAGGUGCUCAGCAGCCAGAUUAUCCAAAGUGUAAAAGUAUGCAGCUGUCCUCAGAAGCUAUAAUUCACAGAAAAUGUAUAAAAUGCAGUAGGGUACCAUUCAUGGCUGGGUGAUUUGCUAAAAAAAAAAAAAAAAAAAGCUAAGCAUUUUUUAAAAUGGUGACAAAAUGAACUAUUUCUCAUUAUGUGAGUGGAUGUCCUAAAAGGUACUAUUUGUUGUCUGAUUUAGGGUUCUCAAUGAUAUACACACUGGGGUGUCCACAAAUCAACACUGUUCCACUACUGCACAAAAUAAUGGUGUGUUGUGUGAGAUAAGUCUGUUCAAUGAGUUAAGGAAUGAGAUCACUUAUUUGUAUCUUUUAUAAAGCAGUAAUUCCAUUAUAUGCUGCCUUCCUUUUAUCUUGUGCUUGGUUUGCUGUAUUAUGACGCUCUUGCCAUACAGAAUGGGGUGGACUCACCAUGGUAAUGUCAGUAAGUGAUGCUGAAUGUACAUAUGUAAAAAAAAAAAGCGCAUAUUGAAGGAAUAAUGACAUCCAAAAAGCACAACUGUCACUGUCCACUUCUGUUUAAUUAGAAUCACAAAGGAGGAAUUGGUGGCUCUACAUUGUCCUGUUCUUAGAAGGUGUGUGUCCUGAAACAGACUAGUAUCCCAUCCAGGGUUGGAUUCUGCCUUGUGGAAGUUGCUGCUGGGAUGCUACCUUUGGACGAACACCUAGCCAGCCUGUUGCCUUAAUCCAAAAUAUGUCUGGUUCCUGUGUAUUUAUAAGACAGAUAUAUUCUGCUACUGACAAGAGAGUAGAAUGGAUGCCAAAAAAACCUUUAGAAGGAAUGGACCCCAAAGGUCUGGCUCAUCAAAAACACUUGUUCACCAUCUUCAGCACUACCCUUCACUUGCACUUCUCUGUUGCAGUUACUGUAAUUAUUUCCAUAAAAAGGAUCUGAUAAUGAAAUAUUUUCGAUCAAAUCAAGAAUGUGCCGAUUCUCCUGCCUCAUCUCAGCUAUGUGGUGGACAGUACCUCCUACCAGCCUGGGGACCCAUAAAGUCUUCCAGGUAUUCUGGAAUUUAAGAACACUUGCACCGUUCAACACUGCCCCUAAUUCUAGAAAUCAUGCAGAAUUUGGAGGAAUUUUGAAAAUCUUUAUGUGUAUGGCCUCUGACCUCUAGGUUAUCAUUGUUGUCGCUCAUAAUUGUUUUAUGUGGUGUCUACACUGUUUUUUUUUUUGUCCAUAUUGGUUUCAAUAGCACUUAGAAAAUCUAUGGGAUAGCCCCUUGGCAGAAGUUUGCAAGGCUGUAUUGAACAAAACUGCCCUGUUACAACAUGGAGCUGAGUGAAGUAACGCUAUGUUGUGCUUUUUUAAUUUUGCUUGGCCCAUCAAAAGUCAAAUUUAUUUCUUUUAUAUUGGACCACUUUAUGCAAAACACUCCAGGGGUAAAGUUUGGAGAUCAGUUAUUUCUGCCUACCUGCCUGCUUGUGUGACAGCACUAAAUACACCUGCAGUCUGAAAGAUAUCACCAUCUGCUUUGUUUAACAAAAUAAAAACUCUUUAC